AUGCCCAACGGAAAUGCUUUCUGGGCUGCUGGCAAGCACAUCGUUACCUCCACGAACCCUCCCACCCCCACAUCUGGCGAAACACCAAACAAGUUUCUGAGCAAUGGAAACGGUGUUGACUGUGUCACUCCCGGUGCCAAGAAGGUGUCUUGGGCAGAUGAGGAGGAGGAUGAGAAGUUCCUCGCCCUUUUGGCAUCCCGACCAGAAAACCCGGCCGUUGCUUCGUUACAGACCACAAUUACUGACAAGGAUGAGCUUCUCAAGGGAUUGGAAGCGACUGUUGUUACUAAGGAUCUUCGUAUUGGCGAGCUGGAGGCUGCUGCACAAGAGAGUCACGAACACAUGGAAUAUCUUGAAGAGAGCCUGCAAGUGAAAGAAAACACGGUCAAGACGUUGGAGAGGGAAAACCACGUGCAAUUCGUCAAGAUACAGGAAUUGUACCGUGAGACUACUGAGAAGGAGGAGCGCAUCCACUGCCUGGAACGCGAACUGGAGCGGCUCGCUGUUGCCCAAGAGCCCAAGCAAAUACCUGUCUCAGAUACCCAGCUAUCAACCAGGAAUGAUGGUGCAAACAGCAAUGAGAUGGUCAAGCCCGAGGCCGAGACUUUCACGUCAACUGUUGCUCCAGAGAAGUCCAAGAGUGUUGAGACGCCAGAGUCCAAAGAGGCUAUCUCUAACUCUACCGAGCUUGCUUCCGCUAAGAAGACCAAAGACGACCUGACUGAGAAGUCUGCAAAUGGUCCAGCUUCCCAAGACAUCGACUCUCCGACAUUCGUGACAAAAGAGACUUUGAAGGUCGUCCCUCCUGCUCCCAAGCCAAGGGUACUGACAUUCCCCAUCGACAUGUCCAAGUAUGGGAAGAAGCCUGCUCCUGAUGUCGCUACCAAAGAUCAAGGACCAUCUCCAGGGUCCAUGGGAGGUAAGAAAGGUCGCACUGAGUCGUGGAAUCGGUCACCGAAACAGGCGCGCGUCAAGACGGACGCAAAACCCUUUUUCAAUCCUUCAGCCGACAUUCGACAAAUGCCGUCUACUCAGCGUGUUCUCUACGGAAAUGGUCCAGACGUUUCCUUCAAGCUCGGUGACGUCGAGCUCAAGACCCUCCCUCAGUACGUCCUGAUGCAAUGCUCUGGGAAAGCAUUCCAACACUUCAAGACCAACCCAACUGCAACUUCGUGGUCUUUCCCAGCGGGUUCAAUGGACGCAGACGCUACAAAGUCUCUCCUUAACUGGAUGGACGAAAUGACAUACCAGGGUCGUGUCUACUCUGUCUCACUGAACUCGGCACCAGCGAACGACCAUAGGAACAUCCAGAUCUGCCGUGCUGCGCGUGUCAUGGGCCUGAACAACGCCUAUGUUGGACACUUCACCAAGCGUCUCUGCGAACGUGUUCGUAGCAAGGAUGUCUCCCUAGAGUUUAUGGAUCUGCUGUGCAAGUUCGCCUAUCCAGAGAACGAUCCAGUGUUCGACUGCCUGGCCAACAGGCUGGCCAUGCAAAAGGCAGCCGGUAGUAUGCAGGGCAAGGCGAUGUUGGAGAAGUUGGCUACCGCCUACCCUGUUCUGAGGGUCAAGGUAGAGAAGAUCGAGCGGAGGAUGGGUGCUACUUGGGCACGUAAGUAG